AUGGGCCAAAGUCCUGAGCAUCAAACCACCGACGAGACCCGGUAUCCAGGGUUUUCGCAAGGUCAAUCUGAUAGCGGCUCAUCUCAUUACACUGAUUCACCAGAAUUUCAAAUUCCUGAUUCGACUAUUGAUAAUAACCGGGAGAAAACCAAUCAUUUUGCCGGGUCGGCGUUAACUGAGAGAACUACGCAACUUUUCAGCGGCUUCAAGACUCCCAAAAUUAAUUCCAGUAAAUGGUGGAAUCAGCAAGAUGAUAAUGAAGUCGACAAAGAUGAAGCGCUUAUUGAAGAAGGGGUUUAUCACACGUUUAAUGACUAUUAUGAUCCGUAUCCAAACUGGAGUUAUGAAGAUGAUAGCUUACCAAUCGCACGAAAAGAGAUCGGAUUAAUAUUUAUGAGGUUGACAGAAGUGUUCGAGUUUCAAAUGGAUAAUGCCAAAAAUAUGUUUGAUUAUUUGUUGAGAUUAUUGGAUUCUAGGGCUUCUAGAAUGAAACCGUUGGUGGCUCUCAAGUCCUUGCAUGCAGAUUAUAUUGGUGGUGAGAACUCCAACUUCAAAAAAUGGUAUUUCGCAGCCCAAUUAGACAUCGAUGAUCUCUUUGGUUAUAUUGAAAAUAGUGAGCUGUUGAAAUCUUACUCAUUCGAGGAAGCUGAAAGAACUUGGAAAUCGAAGAUGCAUGAUUUGUCUCCAACAGACUGUAUCAUACAAUUGUCUCUCUAUCUAUUAUGCUGGGGUGAAGCUGGUAAUGUCAGAUUCAUGCCGGAAUGUUUAUGUUUCAUUUUCAAAUGUUGCAAUGACUAUUAUUAUUCUUUGGACUCAUCACGUCCACCAGUACCACCACCAAGUAGCUUUCUUGAACAUGUUAUAAUUCCAUUGUAUAACUACUAUAGGGACCAGAACUACGAAGUCGUGGAAGGAAAAUAUGUCAAGAGAAGUAAAGAUCAUGCUAGUAUUAUAGGCUAUGAUGAUAUUAAUCAAUUCUUUUGGUAUCGAAAAGGCUUACUCAAAUUGCCCUUGAAGAACGAAAAAACGAAAUUCAUGGAACAAUCAAAAAGUGAAAGAUAUUUACGCUUUUGUGAUAUUAAUUGGAGCAAGGCUUUUUAUAAAACUUAUAGAGAGACAAGAACAUGGAACCAUCUCAUUGUGAAUUUUAAUAGAAUUUGGAUUAUUCAUUGUUGCAUGUUUUGGUAUUACAUUUCUUUCAACUCUCCUACAUUGUAUACCAAAAAUUAUCAGAUACAGUUAGACACCCAACCGUCUGUUCAUACUACGUUGUCGACAAUGGCUAUUUCUGGUUCCAUUGCAUGUCUAAUAAAUAUUGUUGCAACCAUACAUGAAUUUACAUUUGUUCCAAGAAGAUGGUCGGGGGCAGAACCACUUACAAGACGAUUCUUGCUAUUAUCACUAAUCUUUAUAGUGAAUACUGUACCUUCGAUUUAUGUAUUUGGAUUCUUGCAGCUGAAUAGGAAAUCAAACAGUGGCACUAUCAUCUCCAGCUUUCAAUUCAUUGUAUCCAUUAUCACUGUUUGUUACUUUUCCUUUACACCUCUUGGAAAACUAUUUCGUUCUUAUUGGAAAGACGAUAAUAAACACACUCCCACGAAAGUGUUCACCGACUCUGUUCAUAAUUUACAAGGUAGAGACCGCAUUUCUUCUUAUGGACUAUGGGCUGCUAUCUUUGUGGCGAAAUUUUUGGAAUCGUAUUUCUUCUUGGUUCGUUCAAUGCGUGAUCCUAUCAGAGAACUUAGUAACUUAAAAAUUACUCAUUGUUCCGGGGAUCUAGUAUUAGGAAGUUUUAUUUGUCAACAUCAACCCAAAAUACUUCUUUUAGUUAUGUUCGUAACUGAUUUGUUAUUAUUUUUCCUUGAUACCUAUUUAUGGUAUAUUAUUUGGACCACUGUAUUUUCAGUUUGCAGGUCUUUUUAUAUGGGUGUUUCAAUUUUGACACCUUGGAAAAACAUUUUUUCAAGAUUACCUAAAAGAAUCUUUUCCAAAAUUAUUUGCUCUUACGAUAAAGCUCUAAACCCAAAGUUUUCAGUUUCUCAGAUAUGGAACUCCAUAAUUAUUGCAAUGUAUCGUGAACAUUUAUUAUCGUUGGAGCAUGUGGAAAAAUUGAUUUACCAGGAGGUGAUGAAACUGGGAGUAAAUGAUGUUAAUUCUUUCAUAGAACCAACUUUCUUCGUUUCUCAGGAAGAUAGAUUUGUCAAAUUUUCUGUUUCCGAGGGUCUUGCCGAAGCACAAAGACGUAUCACAUUUUUUGCCCAAUCUUUAUCUACAUUUAUGCCUGAACCAUGCUCCAUAAGUGAAAUGCCAACAUUUUCUGUAUUGAUUCCACAUUAUAGUGAAAACAUUCUUUUGACUUUGAAAGAAAUUAUUAGAGAAGAAGAUGAGUAUGCCCAUAUUACAUUACUAGAAUAUUUGAAACAGCUUCAUCCCAUGGAAUGGGAUUGUUUUGUUCAAGAUACGAAAAUAUUAGUAGAUGAGACUGAAAUUUCACGCCCACUGGAUAACAUAGAUGGCCAAAGAGAGCAUUAUAAUAACUUACCAUAUUAUUGUGUUGGCUUUAAAUCAGCAACUCCGGAAUAUAUUUUACGGACCAGGAUUUGGGCUUCGCUAAGAUCACAAACGUUAUAUAGAACAAUUUCUGGGUUUAUGAAUUAUUCAAGAGCCAUAAAGUUAUUAUACGAUGUUGAGAACCCAAAUUUGAGUGACUUUGAUGAUUCUGAAGUAAAGAAAUAUGAAGCGGCUGCCAUAAUGGCUCUCAGAAAGUUUAGAAUUGUUGUAUCAAUGCAGAGAUUAGUUGAAUUUAGUGCAGUCGAAGAAGAAAAUAAAGACUUUUUACUUCGCGCUUAUCCAGAGUUGCAAAUUUCUUAUCUAGACAAAGAAAUUGAUCCAGAUACUGGAAUAAUUGUUUAUUAUACAUCGUUAAUGGAUGGAAGUUGUGAAAUUGAUGAAACUGGAAACAGAAUACCUAAAUAUCGAAUUAAACUACCAGGAAAUCCAAUUUUGGGAGAUGGUAAGAGCGAUAAUCAGAAUAACUCAUUAAUUUUCUGCAGAGGUGAAUAUAUUCAGUUGAUUGAUGCCAACCAGGAUAAUUACUUAGAAGAGUGCUUGAAAAUCAGAAAUGUCUUAGCAGAGUUUGAAGAAAAAGUUCAUCCAAUUGAAUAUUCUAUUGGCAGCUCACCUUAUGAACAUCCAUAUAAUAGUCCAAUUGCAAUAAUUGGUACGCGGGAAUACAUUUUUUCUGAGAAUAUUGGUAUCUUGGGAGAUGUGGCUGCUGGAAAAGAGCAAACUUUUGGUACCCUUUUUGCAAGAACUUUAGCUCAGAUUGGAGGAAAGCUCCACUACGGUCAUCCUGAUUUUCUUAAUAAUAUAUUCAUGACAACUAGAGGUGGUGUCUCCAAAGCCCAGAAAGGUCUUCAUCUAAAUGAAGAUAUUUAUGCAGGUAUGACCACUAUUCUUAGAGGCGGAAGAAUUAAACAUUGUGAAUAUAUACAGUGUGGUAAAGGUAGAGAGCUAGGAUUUGGCUCAAUCUUGAACUUUACCACUAAAAUUGGCGCUGGUAUGGGGGAACAAAUGCUUUCUAGAGAGUACUUCUAUUUGGGCACACAAUUACCAUUAGAUAGGUUCCUAUCGUUUUAUUAUGGUCAUCCUGGAUUUCAUUUGAACAAUGUGUUUAUAAUUUUGUCGGUGAAGUUGUUGUUAUUAGUAACUGUCAACCUUUCAUCAUUAUUUGCAAACAGUGUUAUAUGUGAGUAUAAUAGAUACAAACCUCACACAGACCCUCGAAAGCCUGCGGGAUGCUAUAAUAUUGAACCAAUUAAUAACUGGUUGAAAACAUGUGUUCUAUCUAUAUUCGUUGUUUUUGGUAUUUCAUUUGUCCCUUUAUGCGUUCAGGAACUUAUGGAACGAGGUAUUUGGAAAGCUUUAUCCAGAUUGAGCAAGCACUUUGCAUCAUUAUCCCCACUCUUUGAAGUUUUUGUGUGUAAAAUCUAUGCACAAUCUUUGAUCAAUGAUUUGGCCGUUGGUGGGGCUAAGUAUAUUUCUACUGGUAGAGGAUUUGCCACGAUCAGGGUUCCAUUCUCUGUAAUUUAUUCCAGAUUUGCUUCGGAAAGUCUUUAUUUUGGUGCCUUAUCAAGCUUAUUGAUUGUUUAUUGUACCGGUGUGACAUUCAACAUCUCAACAUUCUGGUUUUGGAUAACUGUUAAUGGUCUUUGCUUGUCGCCUUUCGUAUUUAACCCGAAUCAAUUUUAUUGGAAUGAUUUUUUUCUAGAUUACAAGAAUUAUCUAAAGUGGCUCUCAUCAGGAAACAGCCAAGGAAAGAAAGAUUCAUGGAUUAAAUUUACUAGAGAGCUAAGAUCUCAGAUUACUGGAUCAAAAAAGAAAUCUUAUUCAAAACCAGGUGACAAGCUUUCUUUGAGUUUUAGGAAGCCUUCUAUGAUGAACAUUUUCCUCGAUCAAAUUUGUGCUAAACUUGUCUACACAAUGUUUGUACUCACUGCAUUUUUGUUUGCUAGCUCUCACAAAAGGUCUAGAAAUCCUACACCAUCAGCUGCAAUUGCGAGAAUUAUAAUAGCCACGUUUGCGCCAAUAUUUAUUAAUAUGGUGAUUGCACUUUCUGGGUUUACCUUCUCACUCUUGUUUGGGCCUAUAUUUGGAUGCUGCUGCACAAAGUUCCCAUCAAGUAUGGCGUUUGUCACGCAUAGUUUGGGAUUCAUUAAUCAUAUUAUAUUUUUUGAAAUCUUUUGGUUUCUUGAGGAGUGGAACUUUACAGUCACCAUAUUGGGUUAUGCAGUUUGCAUUAUGCUACAAGAUUUAUUUUUCAAAAUGAUUACUUUAUUGUUUAUCACCCGAGAACUUCAAAAUAAUGCAGCCAACAGGGCGUGGUGGUCUGGUACCUGGCUAACAUCUGGGUUAGGGUUUAGUACUAUGACCCAGCCUAUUAGAGAAUAUUUAUGCAAGACUAUGGAGUUGAGUUUAUUUGUCAAUGAUUUUGUGUUGGGUCAUAUUUUAUUAUUUGUGCAGUUUCCAAUCUUGUUGAUUCCUGGGAUAAACCAAUGGCAUUCGUUGAUGUUAUUUUGGUUGAAACCAAGCAAGCAGAUCCGCCCGCAGAUCCUUACUACCAAGCAGAGAAGAAGUCAAGGAAUGGUGGUGAUGGUGUUCCUUUUUGUCUUUUUGUUAAUUAUGAAUUUUUUCGUUUUACUAUUGCUUGUACCGUUUAUCGUCAAUGAGGUUUUUGAGAUUGAUUUGUAUUCUAUGAUACCAGAAAAUAUAAUUCUAUUAAUGGAUUGA